AUUCUGUAUCUCUUUAUCAGUCGACGAUAGAGAGCUGUAGGGGAUGGACUUGUAUUACCAACACUCCACAGAUAAGUCAUACAAGAUGUUACUAUCCCUUUUCUUUAUAUCAAGCAUUCUGACUUCACGGUGUGAUGCUCUUGCCAAAAAUUUGACCGAGUCUUGUCCGUGCGAUAUGAAGUAUGUGGACGAGGUACUCGUCUGGGACUGCGAUAAAAAAAAUCUGCAUGAAGUUCCCCGUCAAUGCUGGGCGGAUAAUAGCUACACCAUCAGCCAAGUCCUCUUGAGCAAUAAUUUCAUCACUGAGAUCCAUGUUGACGAUUUCGUGGGUCUUGGUUCCCUGAAGGAACUCAUGCUCAAUAAUAACAACAUCACGAGCGUGGCGGCCGGGGCCUUCAAGCCCCUCGCUGGCCUCAACACCUUGGAUCUUUACCACAACAACAUUGCUCAACUUCCCGAUGACGUCUUCGAGGGCCUGGUCAACCUGGAGAGCCUCUGGGUCAGUCACAACCUGCUGCAAACCAUCCCCGACAUCUCCUUCGUGACCAACGCAAAGGCCAUUUCCUUCAGCAACAACAACAUUGACACGUUUCCCAAGCACCUCCUGGACGCCCCGUCCUUCCCGCUCACUUUCUCUCUGCAAAACAACCUCGCGACGGAGAUCCAAGCCUCGGCCAUCCUCAACCUUCCUGACUAUAGCACACUCUACAUCGACGCCAUCACCGUCUGGGCAGCGGACGCGCAGGAGGCAGAGGCACUCCGGGCGAAGUCCUGGUUUGGCACCGAGCUCGACGGCCUCAUCCAGAUCGCCGCGCAGGCGGACUGCCCUUCGCACUUCCACGACGUGCUCGGCGUCUGCGUGCUCGUGGAGCCCUUCUUCAGCGGCGACUGGGGGACCAUGAGCUACUUUUGCCGCGAGAUGGGAGCCGAGAUGCUCAAGGUCGCCGAUGCCAACUUCUUCCAACAACUGCUUCAUCUUCUUCGCAGUGAAGGCCUUGACCACCACGACUAUUGGCUCGGCGGAAAUGACACGGCAGAGGAGGGCAGCUGGAAGUGGGCCGACGGGACGCCCAUCGAGCGGGGAAGUCCCUUCUGGGCGACGCAGCCUCAGGGUCCAGAAUCUUUCCUGAUUGAACCCCUCGGAGGAACAAGCGAAAACUGCCUCUACCUGGACAAAUCCCGUUUUCUUUACUUCGAUGAUGGCGUGUGUACUGAAGCAAAGAACGUGAUUUGUCAGCAGCAUUAAUAUAUUAUCAUAUUAAAUGUUUUAGUAUUAUAUUAAGUGUUGAUGUUUUUUUUAAUCUUUAUUCAUCGAUUGGUGUGAAUAUUGAAGAUAAUAUAUAUAUUGUCCUCCUGGAUUAGAUUUCAAUUUCCGUG